AGGAUGAUGUAGUUUCGCACAGCGGUUUGUCUUUUAGGUGAACGGGAAGGACUGUGGUUUUCUCUCACACACUUAGAGGGCUCCUGGACGAUGGCAUGGCUUUGAUUAGGUUUCCUGGGGGCAGUAUGAGGACCUGUCCCAUCUUUACCCUCGUCCUCUUUCACCUGCUUUCUUGCUGGGGACAGCUUCAGGAGCCCGGAUCCUCAGUCUUUCAGUUCACAAGCUCUGUCUACAAUGCCAGCAUUUAUGAGAACUCUGCAGCUCGGUCCUACCUUAGAAGCGAGGUCAAAAUGGGCAUCGUUCUGCCCCAGUCCAGCUCGUGGGACAUUAAAUACUUCAUCGAAUCGGGGGACGAUGAGGGCUUGUUCCAGGCAGAGGAGUAUGUUCUGGGAGACUUCUGUUUUCUGCGCAUACGGACUAACGGUGGAAGCUCUGCUAUUCUGAAUCGUGAAGUACAGGACAAUUAUACGUUAAGUGUAAGAGCUUUGGAUAGAGAUGGUCAGGAGGCUUCUGCUAGAGUCAGUGUGCAAAUUAUGGACAUGAAUGACCUUCGUCCUUUAUUCUCCCCCACCACCUAUACCAUUACUGUAGCUGAAAGCACCCCGCUGGGAGCCAGCGUGGCCCAGGUCACUGCCACCGAUGCCGACAUAGGCUCCAAUGGUGAAUUUUAUUAUUUUUUCAGGAAAGUCGUGGAGCACUUUGCUGUCCAUCCCACCAGCGGGGUCAUAUCUCUCACAGCCAAACCAAAUGCAGAUGAGAUUAAAAGAUUUGACCUUGAGGUGUUAGCGGUUGAUCGUGGAACAAAGGUUUAUGGAAACAACGGUGUGAUCAGCACAGCCAAACUAAUGAUCAGCAUCAUACGUGUUAACGAAUAUUCACCCGCACUGAACGCAGUCGCACUUGUCCCGUCGUUAUCGGACAAAGAGCCGGUCUUUGCUGUCGUGAUGGUGGAGGAUCUGGACGAAGGGCCGAACGGGGAAAUCGAGUGGGUUGCAAUCAUUGCCGGUGACCCACUGGAACAGUUUGUUCUUGACAGAGCAGCUCUUGGCAAUGAGUAUAGAUUAAAAACUUCCGAGCCCGUCGACUGGAAUACGUUUCCGUACGGCUGCAAUCUCACCUUCCAGGCUAAAGACAGAGGCACGCCUCCCAAAUUCUCCAAUACUCAGGUUCUCCAACUCUUGGUUAAAAAGCCACCGUCUGUGCUGGCAAAAUUUGAGAAAGACAUUUACAGGGCUACAAUUAGUGAGAUUGCUCCUCCUGGGACCAUCAUACAGACUGUUGGAAUCGCUCCCAAGCCGCGAUCUGUCAGCUAUGGCCUAAGUCUCACCUCAGACUCCUUUUAUUUCAGUAUUAACACUUUUACUGGUGCAAUCUCAACUGCAAGGCAGCUUACCAUGCUGGGUCAGCAGCUUUUUGAGCUCGAGGUGACAGAAGCUAUGAGUGGCCUGAGAGCCAAGGUGCUGAUCAGCGUGGAGGAUUCUAACGAUAAUAUUCCCACUUUUACUCAAGCCUCCUAUGAAGUGUUUGUCAACGAGAGCGCGCCGGUUGGCACCGUGAUCCUCGUCGUUUCAGCCAUGGAUGAUGACAGAGGGGAAAAUGGGUGCAUAACGUAUAGCAUAGCAAGCCUCCAGGCUCUGCCUUUCACGAUCAACCAAAAUACAGGAGAACUGAAGACAUCCAAAGAGCUGGAUUUCGAGUCUUUUUUAGAGACGUAUGUCUUUCCUGUCCGGGCCUCUGACUGGGGCUUACCUUACAGGCGAGAAAACGAAGUAAACGUCACAGUGCGGAUUCUGAACGUUAAUGACAACCCGCCCCUUUUCGAACGCGUGUCCUGUAAAGGGAUGAUCGCUCGAGAUUUCUCUGUAGGGCAAACCAUCAUUACAAUGUCUGCCAUUGACAUAGAUGAGCUUGGCUUGGUGAAAUAUCAGAUAUUGUCCGGAAACGAACAAGACCUCUUCAGCCUUAACCCCGAUUCUGGGAUGCUCUCACUGAGGAGGUCUCUUGUUGGAGCUAAUGUGAAAAAUGGAGUGUUCAGCUUGAAGAUAGCAGCAACCGAUGGAGAGAUUUUCUCAGAGCCCACCUUUGUCAACGUAUCGGUCGUGAGAGGGAGAAUGUCGUCAAAGAGUUUUAACUGUAAAGACACGAAAGUGGCUCAAAAGCUAGCUGAAAAACUUCUCAAAAAAGCCAACGCUAUGGGAAAAUCCAAAGUUGAAGAAGUCUUCACGGAUCUGUAUUCCGUCAACCGGCAGACUCCUCAGUUUGAAGCAUUUCCCUCAGAUAUAGUAGUAAGAGAGGAUUCGCCUGUCGGGUCAACUGUCAUUAAAGUGAACACCAAUGAUGGGGACACGGGCUUCAAUGGUCGCAUUCUCCACGUGAUAUCAAAUGGAAAUACUGACAGCUGCUUCAAUAUUGAUAUGGAAAGUGGGGUUAUCUAUAUCUAUCAACCUCUGGAUCGCGAGAGAUCAGACCGAUACCUUCUUAAUGUAACCAUAUACGACAUGGGUCUACCGCAGAGGUCCAACUGGAGGCUAUUAACUGUAAAUGUUGAUGAUGUGAAUGAUAAUAGUCCUCAGUUCUCCCUGGAGAGCUACACCGUGGUGGUGCCAGAGAACACAGCCAUCGGCACAGAGGUGAUCGAGAUCACGGCCACAGAUCUUGACCUGGGUCAGAACGGUGAAAUCUCCUAUUCUUUAAUAACAGGCACCCUUCUCUUUGGCAUUAACAGCGCCACCGGAUGGGUCUAUGUCUCUGGCCAGCUGGACAGAGAAUCGAUGCCAGAUAUUACUCUGAAAAUCGAAGCCAGAGACAAAGCAGAGAGAGGUAAUCAAAAGUUCUCAGUGACAACUCUAAAGAUCUACCUCGGGGACGUGAAUGACUGUCCUCCAAAGUUUAUUCCCCAGACUUACAGCUGCCGUGUUCUGGAGGACCUUCCUGCAGGAACUGUGAUCACCUGGCUGCAAACUCAGGACCCUGACUUUGGCUCUGGGGGGAGAGUGAUGUAUUAUCUGGCCGAUGACUUCAAUGGGACGUUUGUGCUUAAUGUGGAGAGUGGUGCUGUCAAAGUGGCCAAGGAACUGGACUUUGAGAAGCAGCAGUUCUACAAUCUGUCUGUAGUUGCGGAGGAUUGUGGUCUACCCGUUCAGCUCCGCUCCUCCUCUUACGUGGAGGUGGAGGUGGUUGACGUUAACGAGAACCUAAACGAGCCCUACUUCUCCGAAUUUGCGGUGAAAGCCACCAUUAAGGAGAACUCCCGCCUUGGAACAAGUGUGGUUCAAGUCACUGCUAAGGACGACGACAAGGGCAGGGAUGGUGUAAUAAGAUACUCUAUCAAGGCGGGAAGUGGUCUUGGCAGGUUCUCCAUUGACGAGGAGACUGGAGUCAUUUACACCACCACUGUUCUGGACCGUGAGAAGCAGGACGCCUACUGGCUAACUGUGUUCGCCACAGACCGAGGAGUGGUGCCUCUCUCGGCCUCUGUUGAAGUGUUUGUCCAGGUAGAAGAUGUCAACGACAAUGCCCCGUUGACCGCUGACCCUGUCUAUCACCCCUUCAUAAUGGAGAACUCGCCCAAAGAUGUUUCUGUGGUCCGCGUCCAGGCGCAGGACCCUGACGUCACUUCCUCUGCCAACCGCCUCACUUACCGCAUCACGGCUGGAAACCCACAGAACUUCUUCACCAUCAAUUCCAAAACAGGUCUCAUCACCACAACGGCAAGAAAACUGGACAGAGAGCAGCAGGCCGAGCACUUUUUAGAGGUGACCGUUACGGACGGCAGUGAUGCGUCCAGGCAGUCCACAGUCUGGGUGAUAGUGCACAUUCAAGAUGAAAAUGACAACAAACCUGAAUUCCCUGAGACAGUUUACCGCAUCAGCCUGCCCGAGAGGGACAGGAACAAGCGUGGAGACCCUGUCUACAGGGUCUUUGCCUACGACCGGGAUGAGGGGCCCAACGCAGAGCUAACCUACAGUAUAGUGGAGGGCAACGACGACGGCAAGUUCUUCAUUGACACCAAGACUGCCAUGGUUUUCUCCAGGAAGAUGGUCACAGCAGGAGGCUAUGAUAUCCUAACGAUAAAAGCUAUGGACAAUGGGAGCCCUCAGAAGUGGUCGACAGCACGGCUGCAUAUCGAGUGGAUAAGGAAGCCACUGCCGUCGCUACAGGCCUUGCGCUUCAGUGCACCGAACUUUAACUUCACAGUGUCAGAGAGUGCCAAAGUGUCUGAAAGUGUGGGAGUCGUCUCUGUCCGGCAAACAGAAACACCACUCUGGUUUGAUAUCAGUGGAAGCUAUGAUGGACCUUUUGACAUCCACAGAGGGAUGGGGACGGUAGUGUUGGCAAGGCCUCUCGAUGCAGAGACUCAGUCUCUCUACAACAUGACCGUCCAGGUGACUGAUGGGACAAAUACAGCAACCACACAGGUUUAUAUCAGGGUGGUGGACAGCAAUGACAACGCUCCUGCGUUCUCCCAGCCCACGUAUGAAGUCUCCGUUUCAGAGGACACACCAGCGGACACGGAGAUUGUGCGCAUCAAAGCCACGGAUGGUGAUGAACGUGCCAAGCUGAGCUUCUCUAUCCAUGGCAGCGUCGACCCCGCCAGCAUGCGCCUGUUCCGGAUCAAUCCGGGCACUGGUGUCAUGUACACGGCCGAUCGUUUGGACUACGAGGCACGCACCCAACAUAUCCUCACUAUUAUGGUGAAAGACCAGGAGUUUCCAUAUUACAGAGACCUCGCUCGAAUCAUUGUGAAUGUGGAAGACUCCAAUGAUCAGAGUCCCUUUUUCACACGUGUAGUAUAUGAUGGGGUAGUGACUGAAUCAGCUCUUCCUGGAACACCUGUUGUACAGGUCACAGCCUUGGACAGAGACACAGGCAGGAAUGGGGAGCUGAUAUAUACAAUUGAAGCAGGCAACACUGGAGGGACAUUUGGAAUUGAUUCGCUGUCUGGCAUCGUUUCAGUGGCCAGAGAGCUGGACUUCACAUCUGUUGGGCAUUACAUCCUCACCGUGCGUGCCACAGAUGGAGGCACUCCAGCUCUAAGUGCCACAGUUACUGCCAGGAUCAUCGUCUCACUCUCAGACUUCUCUAGCCCCAAGUUCACCCAGAUGGAGUACCAGGCCGAGAUCACUGAGAACGUGCCUAUAGGAACGUUUGUCACCAAUGUCAGUGCUGUAAGCCGUUCAGCACUCAUUUAUGAAAUCUCACAAGGGAAUAUUGAGAGGAAAUUUAGAGUCAACGGCUUUACAGGCGUAAUCACGACUCAGAAGUCUUUAGAUUUUGAGGCCACUGCAUCCUACGUGCUGGUCAUCCAGGCUGUUAACAUGGCAGGGAUUGUGUCCAGUGCUACAGUCAACAUCCAGGUGGUAGAUGAGAAUGAUAAUCCGCCAGCUUUUAAACAGCUGCGCUACUCUGGGAGCAUUAGCGAGGCAGCCCCAGUCAACAGCGUGGUUUUAGGUGAAGACGGAAGUCCCCUGGUGAUCCAAGCCAUUGAUGCUGAUAGGAACCAAAAUGCCUUAUUGGUUUUCGAGAUUGUGGAAGAUAUGGCUAAGUUGUUCUUCACUGUGGACUCAGGUACUGGAUCAGUCAGGACCAUUGCCAGCUUGGACUACGAGACCUUCAGUGGGUUUUACUUCCGUGUCAAUGUGAGGGACAGCGGUACCCCCCAGUUGACUGCAGAAAGUCCAGCUGAGGUUGUAGUCAAGGUGGUGAACAUCAACGACUCGCCUCCUAAGUUCUCACAGGACGCCUAUGAUGCUGUCUUAAUGCUUCCUACUUAUGUCGGUGUAGAGGCUUUGAGAGUGGAAGCAUCAGACCCUGACAUGACCUUGAGUAUUGAUCUGAUUUAUUCUUUGGCUGACAACAACUUGGAGCUCUUUGCUAUUGAGCCUACUUCUGGCAUCCUCACAGUCAAAAACAACAAACUGUCCCAAGACCGCUAUCGCUUUAGUGUAAAGGUGUCAGAUGGACGUUACUCCAGCACAGCUUUUGUGACAGUGCUAGUCCGGGAAGCUAUGGACAGUGGUCUCCUUUUCAGUCAGCCAUCAUACUCCUCCUCAGUGCUGGAGAACACUUCAAACAUAUCUGCAGUGACGGUGGUCAAUGCUAUUGGGAACCGUCUAAAUGAGCCACUUAAGUAUACGCUGCUAAACGCAGGGACUCGCUUUAAUAUCCAGCCUACAUCUGGGGUCAUAAAGACCACAGGAAUCCCAUUUGAUCGUGAGGAACAGGAGUUUUACGAACUGGUCGUGGAGGUGUCCCGGGAGUAUGACCGACUGAGGGUGGCUAGAGUGACCGUACGAGUGCAAGUGGAGGACGUCAACGAUAAUGCUCCAGAGUUUGUAGGCCUUCCAUACUAUGCUGCAGUGCAGGUGGAUGCCCAUCCGGGCUCAUCCAUAUUCCAGGUGUCGGCCACGGACCUGGACAGAGGGAUAAAUGGGAAGAUUUCCUACGAACUCAAAGAGGAGCACAGACAUUUUGAGAUAAACCGUGUUACUGGUGAACUCACCCUUAAAAGAGCUUUUGUAGCAGACCUGUCCAAUGUUGAGUACCCGGUGGUCAUUCUCGCACGUGAUGCGGGCUACCCCUCCCUUUUCACUGCGGUGGAGCUCCCAGUCACAGUAGUUAAUAAAGCCAUGCCUGUUUUUGACAAGCCCUUCUAUGGCAUUUCUGUUAGAGAGGACAUAGCUGUGUCCACCCCUAUUUUAAGCAUUAAUGCUACUAGUCCUGAAGGACAGAAUAUCAUCUACACCAUUGUGGAUGGGGAUUCCUCACUUAAUUUUGACAUUGGAUUUGACAGCGGUGUGAUUAGUGUCAUUUGCCCUUUAGAUUAUGAGACUAUCUCCUACUACAGGCUAACAGUGAGAUCCACAGACACGCUCACUGGAGCUAGAUCAGAAGUAGAUGUUGACAUUGUUGUUGUAGAUGUUAAUGACAAUGCACCUGUGUUCGAGAAAGCCUCAUAUUUGUCCACACUGGCUGAGAACUCCAUGAUUGGAACUGCAGUCGUACAGCUCUUGACAACAGACAAGGACUCUGAAAAAAACGGUGUUGUUCGCUAUCAGAUUCUUUCAGAUGCUUUUAACAGCACAGACUACUUCCAUAUUGACAGCAGCAGCGGUGUUGUCCUGACAGCUCGUCUUCUAGACUACGAACUUAUCCAGAGCUACAACUUCAUCGUCCGGGCAACAGACAGUGGCUCUCCGGCCCAGAGUAGUGAAGUCAUGGUUACUGUCUUGGUGAAUGACACGAAUGACAAUCCUCCAGCCUUCAACCAGCCACUCUACGAGGCUUUUAUCAGUGAACUGGCUCCCAGGGGACACUUUGUGACAUGUGUCCAAGCUUCUGAUGCAGAUAGCUCAGAUACUGACAGACUAAAGUACAGCAUACUCUCUGGAGAUGACAGGAUGAACUUUGUCAUUGACUCUCAGACUGGAGUCAUUUCCUUGUCCAACCAGCGCAGGCAAGGCAUAAGGCCGGCGUACAUCCUCAAUGUUUCCGUAUCGGACGGAGUGUUCACUAGUACAGCACAGGUGAACAUACGGAUCCUAGGGGCUAACCUUUACAGCCCUGUGUUUAGCCAGAGGUUUUACCUGGCUGAGGUGCGAGAAAAUGCACCUGCAGGAACCAAAGUCAUUCAGGUGCGGGCCACAGAUGAGGACUCUGGGCUUUUUGGUCAGAUCAUGUAUUCAUUCAUCAAUGACCUUGGGAAGACUCAGUUUAGCAUAGGAGUGGAUGGAGUGAUCACUACUGCUCAGAAGUUGGACCGAGAGAAUCCUGUCAACAGGGACAUUGUGCUGACAGUGAUGGCUCUUGAUGGUGGUGGGAGGGCAUCCUUCUGCACUGUUAGAGUAAUGCUAAUAGAUGAGAAUGAUAAUGCACCACGUUUCAGGGCUGUGGAGUACAGGGUUAGCAUCAAGGCUAACAUAGCUAUGGGCUCGCUGGUGACUCAGAUCCAAGCACAGGACCCAGAUGCAGGAGAUAAUGGCAGGGUGAGUUACUCCCUGUACAGUGAGGCCCGACUUCCUCUAGUGGAUGUGUUAGAGAUUGAGCCCGAUAGUGGCUGGAUGGUCACAAAAGGAAGCAUGGCUCACUUAAGAGGAACUGUUCUCUCCUUCUUUGUUAAAGCCACAGAUGGAGGUGUCCCUGCUAAACACUCGUUGGUGUCCGCCUUCAUCCACGUCUUGCCACCAGAUGCCAACAUACCAACAUUCACUCAGCCCCAGUACUCUUUCACUGUUCCAGAGGAUACACCUGUUGGGACAGCUUUAGGUUCAGUGUACCUGGGUCCAGGUCAGACGGGAGCUUUUGCUGUAGUAAACGGUGAGACCGUGGCGAGCAACCAGGGUGGAACAUUUCUGGUGGAGCGGGAAACUGGUCUUCUCAGGCUUGUAAAUGCACUAGACUAUGAGCAAGUCAGCAUCUACCGCUUCAAAGUGUCUGCCACCAUGAGACAAGCUUUGGUUGAAUCCAUGUCUGUCGUGGAUGUGGAGGUGAAAGUGCUAGAUGUGAAUGACAACAAGCCAUCCUUUGAGACUAGCUCUUACAUAGCAAUGGUCAUGGAGGGCAUGCCAGUAGGUACAAGGGUCGUCCAGGUACGUGCUCUGGACCCAGACUGGGGCUCAAAUGGACAGGUCACCUACAACCUUGGGCCAACCCUGAACCAGGAGAAGGACCAGACCUCUGGCAGAGCCUCUGCCACUGGCUCCAUGUUUGCAAUUGAUAGCAAAACAGGAUGGAUUACCACUCUUGGUGACCUGGACCACGAGAUAUGUCCAUCUUACACCUUCAGUGUGGUUGCGUCAGAUCUAGGAGAGGUAGUCUCUCUCUCUUCGACUGCUGUUGUUACUGUGGCCAUCGCCGACGUAAACGACAACCCUCCCACUUUUGAGAGGGGAUACUACAGGGGUGCCGUGAGGGAGAGCGAUCCAAUCGGAGAAGUCGUGUCUGUGCUCAGCACCCGAGACUGGGACACCUCCGAUCAGAAUAGGCUCGUCAGCUUUCAUAUUACAGGUGGGAACCCUAAGGGGGUGUUUGCACUAGCUCCAGUGCAGGGAGAAUGGAAGGUGUUUGUGAAGCAGCCGUUGGACAGGGAGGAACAAGAUCGAUAUCUACUAAAUAUCACUGCCAGUGACGGUCUGUUUGUUUCCCGUGUGAUCGUGGAGGUCACUGUCAUGGAUGCCAAUGACAACAGCCCCAUAUGUAACCAGGCCUUAUAUGAAGCCUCGUUUCCAGAGGAUGUCCUCAUCAACAGUGGCAUCCUGACUGUUGGGGCUGUAGACUUCGACUUAGGCUCCAAUGCGGAGAUUCAGUAUUCCCUGUUCGGUAUAGGAGUUGAAGACUUCUACAUGGAUGCAAAUACUGGCGAGCUGAAGACGGCCUCCGUAAUGGACCGAGAGAAGACUCCAGGCUAUAAACUAAUAGCCCAGGCUACGGACGGAGGCGGUCUGUUCUGCCGCUCGGAGAUAUCCCUCACUGUCCUGGAUGUGAACGAUAACGCUCCAUCCUUCUUUUUCACCGAGUUCCUAGCCAGCGUGUUUGAGAGCGCUGCACCCAAAACCCUGCUGACUCGAUUGCAGGCCAGUGAUCCUGACGAGGGCCUGAACAGAAGCAUCCUGUACUCUUUGGUGGACUCGGCUGACAACUUCUUCUCCAUUGACCCCUUUUCUGGAGUGGUGAUUCUAGAGAAACCUCUGGAUCGUGAGCUCCAGGACUCGUACCGUCUGAGGGUCCAGGCUGCAGACCAGGCAGGGGUGCCUGGCUCCCUCUCCACGCAGGUGGACCUAACUGUCAUGGUUCUGGAUGUGAACGAUAACCCGCCGGUCUUCCAGAAGCAGGACUAUGCAGUUACAGUGCCUGAGGAUGUUGCAGUGGGAACAGAGGUGCUGAGGGUUUUUGCCACCAGUGAAGACAUCGGCGUCAAUGCUGAGAUCUACUAUAGUAUCACUACAGGCAACGAACUGGGCAAGUUCAUCAUUGAUGAGGCCACAGGCACCAUUGCUGUGGCCGACGAUUUGGACUAUGAGGUGUGCAAAGACUUCUUCCUCAAAGUAGAGGCUGUGGAUGGUGGAACACCGCCUCUUAAAACCUCCACCAUUGUAACUGUCGAAGUUAUGGACAUCAACGAUAACGCACCGUCCUUCAGCGAGGACAUUUACAAUGUCCUGAUCAGUGAGGACGCUGCCAUUGGAGAAGCAGUCACCAGGCUGUUAGCAGAAGACCUUGACAGCCAAGUUAAUGGACGCAUCAGUUACUCCAUCCUGAGAGGGGACCGUGGAAACCAGUUCUGGAUUGAUCCCGUCACUGGACUUCUGAAGGUCAACAAAGCACUCGACCGAGAGACGGUCUCCAGCUACUUGCUGUCAGUCCAGGCUUUUGACAGUGGAUCACCUGCAAUGUCCACGACGGUAACUGUAAACAUUGAGAUUGCUGAUGUGAAUGACAAUGCACCAGUGUUCUCCCCAGCAAACGCCUCAGCAGUCAUUCAGCUGAACAAGCCUGCAGGGACCACCAUCCUGACGCUGUCUGUGUCCGAUAAUGACUCCCCACGAAAUGGAGGCCCUUUUGAAUUUCGCAUUGUGUCUGGAAACGAGGACAGCGCGUUUAGUCUGGACCAGAACGGAGAGCUGCGCUCCAACAGGGUGUUUGGGCCGGACGCUACGCGGGAGUACACACUGGAGAUACAGGCUCGGGACUCAGGGAAGCCUCAGCUGUCGUCCUCCUCCUUCGUCUUUGUGCGUGUGAUUGGAGACAGCCUCUUCAAGCCUGUGGCCUUCCCUCUGGAGAUUAGCGUGGUGAUGGCGGCGGACGUCUUCCCCGGAGGCAUCAUUGGCAGGAUCUACGCCACCGACCGAGACGAGAAUGACGUGCUGUCCUUCACACAGCGUCCUCAGCCCAAAAGCCUGUUCAAGAUCAACCGGCAGGACGGCAAGAUUGUGGCCCUCAGCGGACUGGAGUCGGGCAGGUACUUCAUGAACGCCACGGUCAGCGACGGCCGCUUCUCGGUGACGGUGGGUGUGACGGUGCAGGUGGAGCAGGCCACGGAGGAGAUGGUGCAGAACGCGGUUACUCUGCGCUUUCAGGACCUCUCCCCGGAGGACUUUGUGGGCCUGUACCUCCAGGAUGUGAAGAGAGCUCUGCGGACGGCACUGGGGGAAGCCGGGCUGGGUGCUGGUGGAGUGGCCCAGAGCCCGGACCCCUUGCACAUCCUGGGAGUGCAGCCGGUUGGACGGUCCUCAGAUCUGGAAGUGCUUCUGGCAGUGGAGGCGCAGGAUGGCGGCUAUGUGGGGCCGGGGGAGCUGGCGCUGAGGCUGGGGGAGGUGCGGGAGCAGAUGAGGGGAGCACUCAAGAUGGUGGACGUGGUGGAUCAGAGCUGCUCAGGUGAGCUGGACUGUGGGGACAGGGUGUGUGAGCUCAGCCUGAGUCUGGAGCCCAAUGGCCUGGUCACUUACAGCACGUCCAGAGUCAGCUUCGUCUCGCCACGCUUCACUCGGACAGAGAGCUGCACCUGCCCAGGUGGAAUAUGUCCGUCGUCUUUAGAGCUGUGCGAAGGCCAGGCCUGUCCGACUGACAUGCAGUGUGUGCGCAGUGGCCCGACAGCGCCAUCUGUCUGCCAGUGUCUGCCUGGCACGCUGGAUCAGUGCACAGGUCAGACGUCUCUGAGUUUUGCUGGAAAUAGCUACAUUAAGUACAGAGUGACUGACAGCAGUAAGGGUCAGGACAUGAAGCUCAGCCUGAAGAUCAGAACCCUGCAGAGCAGAGGAGUCAUCAUGUACACCCGCGCUGACCCCUGUACCAUGCUGAAGAUCGAGGAGGGACGCCUAUGGUUCCAGCUGGACUGCGAUAACAGCCUGGACAUCUUGGGCAUAUCGGGCCGUCCCAUCAACGAUGGGUCCUGGCACGCAGUGACCCUUGAGCUGACCUGCAACUACACACUACUCUCUCUGGAUGAUAGCUAUGUGGAGCGCCGGCGGGCCGCUCGGGCCCCCGUCCACCUCUGGCCGCUGGCCGCCGAUGGCUCGCUGUUCUUCGGGGCGCAGGUGGUGCGUGGGCCGGCGUCGGCUGGAGGCGGGCAGGGACCCCCGCGUCCGCGGGACGGGUUCCAGGGCUGCCUGGGCGCGGCAGUGCUGAACGGAAAUGAGCUACCGCUGCAGAACAAGAGGAGCCGAUACGCAGAGGUGGCCGCCCUCAGUGAGGUUAAGUUGGGCUGUGUGCUGUAUCCUGACCCCUGCCUUGGAGCACCAUGCCAGAACGGAGCCACAUGCGCCAGCCUGCCCUCUGGUGCGUUUUCCUGCAGCUGCCCCCCGCAGUACACCGGAGCCCGCUGUCAGACAGAGGUCACGUCCUGCAUUCCCACACCCUGUCAGAAUGGAGGAGACUGCAAAGCAGUGGGCAACACCUUCCUGUGCGGCUGCCCCAGAGGCUUCACUGGACUCAUAUGUGACGAGGAUGUGAAUGAGUGCGAGAGGGAGGAGUGUGAAAAUGGUGGCGCGUGCGUUAACACGUUUGGCGCCUUCUACUGCAACUGCACAACUGGCUUUGAGGGCCAGUUCUGCGGGCAGCCAUCAUCCCGGGACAGCUCAGACCUGCAGGCGGAGGCGUUGUCCUAUGUCGGGCCGGGGGAAAUCAUCGGCAUCGGGGUGCUGCUGUUCGUGGUGCUGGUGCUGCUCACCCUGCUGGCUGCUUUUCGCAAGAAGGUGCUGCGUAAGGACUGGGCCAGAGCUGAGGCCGUGGGCAUCUCCACAGAAACGAGCUACAAGGGCACUGAGGGCAUCGAGUUCAAAGCGGUGCGGGUCAGCAGCGCCGGUCUCUAUGGCAGCGAGGGCACUGGGGGGCCCCCGCAGGUCAUGGUGCGCCCUACGGCCUACACUCUGCCCCGUUGCCAGGGGAACCCCGGAGAUAAAGCAGAAGUGACCGGGGUCCUGGCCACUUUGUCCUGUCCGCCCCAGUUGAGCACCUUCGGGAUGGAUGGGUCGCACAUCCUAGGGGUCCCUCGGAGGGGAGUGGCGGUGUGCAGCGUGGCACCAAAUCUGCCCUCAUCGUUGCCAGCCCGCCCUGCAGAGCGCAGCCCUCUUCGCAAACCCCCCUGGGAAGAGGAAGAGGACGAUGAGGAUGAUGAAGAUGAUAAUGAUGAAAACGAUAAUGAGCGGGCGGCCCGGGUUCUGGACUGGGAAGAUAGGGGAUAUCAGGCAGAUGGAGAGGAAAUGGACAGGGCGCAAGAACGCAUCAGCGCUGUGGAGGAGGCCACCUGUUUUUCAGACAGCAGCACCAGCGAGGCUCACACAGAUUCUGUCAGAUCCGACUCCUGCGACGACAAUGCCUCCAUCGUGACGGUCAUCCGGCUGGUCAACGACGCAGUGGACAGCAUCGAAAAUGAAGUUGCAGUCCUGGAUGAAGGACCAACAUAUAGUAGUACUUCCGCCCCACAUCUUCAACAUGAGGAUCAAAUAUGCGUUGAAUACAUCAAAGAAUAUUUUGUCAAUUCUUACCACUGGGAGACAGCAGAGUGGCUUCCUGACACCUGCCUGCCAGGUUUGGAAUCUGAAGAGGCCCGAGACCUCUCUCCUACCCCUCCCCCUCCGCCUCUUCCCGCCCCCCCACCCCCCCUCACUCUCACCCCGAGUCGACUGGGCGGCAGCGUCCGUUUCGGGGCCAGCGCGCGCCCUCUACCGACAGGCUACCCUCUGAGAAGGUAUGAAGGCCAAAGAGACUUCUACUCGUCACUGUCCCGGGACGAGUGCUCCUCACCGGUGUAUGAGGAGUACCGGGAUGAAGAGGGCCAUUAUGACAGGCUUCCGGUCGCACGGCCUCCCUACAGGGGCUACAGUGAGGGUCGGGCCAGCCCGUCCUGCUACCACUCGGGCCACAACCAGCUUCCAUCACAUCCCCCUCUGCUGGCCUGGGAAGAGAGGCCCCAGAUCUGGGAGGAUUCGCACCCCUUUGGCAGCCAGAAGGAAAUUAGCAGACUGUCAGACAGGCAUUCACUGCGGGCCCAGCGCCAGCGUGCUAACCAGAACAGCCCAUUCAGGUCACUAUCUGCAAUGAGUCAGUAUGAACACUACUAGCUCUACUAGACUUGAGACUAUAUAUGGGGACGGCCACGCUGUACACUUCUGACUGCAUUUGCUUAAAGCUGCCAUCAUCAUUUUGCCACUGUUGCUCUGCUGCCAUACAUGGAAAUGUAAAUAGAAAUGGACAAUAUGAUGCAUGGUGGCAUGGCCCAGGUAACAGUAAGAUAAGAAGUACGGUUAAAGUUAAAUCAUGGUAUAUACUACUGUCUAUGAUAUGUAUUGCCUCAUAAUUCAAGCCUCUGGCUGGGUGGACUGUUCGUAGCAGCAUACAAGUUGAGGCUGAUUAGUACUAGUCUGUAAAUUGUAUAAAAGUGACUAUCCCUCCAUUUUAAUGCUGUUUUUAACAUGCCCUUGUCGAUUUGCCCUCAUCAUUUCUCAAAGGAGGAAACCCACACCUUCUUAGGGGCUGUUCUAUUACUAUAUUUGCUUACAUAAACAACAUAAUUUAACGUAUAUUGUUAAAAAAUAACAUAAAUGUAGUCUUAAGCAGCAGACCAUCAGCAAACAUCAUUGCAAUCGGACACAGUUUUCUUCUCAAACCUGAAAAAAUGGCAACUGUUAAAAGCCAGAGGAGUACAUAAAGCUGCAUUAUGUAAGAUGUGGCGAUUUGACCUCUCUGGUGACCACGUGUGAUUGCCACAACACGCAGAAAAAUAUUGUGUUACAAAGGUUGUGCUUUGACCCCCUUCCCCAAGCAGAUGAAUCUGAUGGUUGCAAUUGUAUUGAAAGAGUAUUCAGUCAAAACUUGGCGAAGGACGUGUCUUCUGAGGCUGUGAGUGUCAUAUCUUCAUCAGUAUAAUGUAGAUUUUGCAUUUGAGGCCCAAACAUUGUGCUGGAUCUUCUUUUACAGCCUGUGCGUGUGACAUUAAUAUAUAAAGACGUAUGACGUGAUCUGAAAAAAUCUCCCACUACGUCCCACACCUCUGACUUUCUAGGCUUUGCAGGCUGACUUGCAUGUUUCAGCAUGUUUCUCUCCUGAAUCAGUCAUGCUGCUUCUCAUAGUGCAGCUUUGGUUUUUUACAACUCUAACAUUUCAUGUUCUGUGUUUAAACCGGCCUUUAGGCCGUGUUUAUGUAGAGUGUGCUACAUGUGAGUCAUGAGACAAAGUCAGCAAGGUCUUGUUAAAAUCACUAUUGGAAAGGAGGGUGUAUCUAGAUAAAGGCCGACCCUGGUAAGACCCUGAUUGUGUCCGUGUGUAUUGAAGUGUUUUAGAACUGGACUUUCAGACUUACAGUAAAUGGCUGUUUAUAGUGAAUUGGGCUCUGGGUCUGUCUGGAUCUGAGUGCAGUGGUCGAAGAGGUGGGUGGAGUAGUACAAAAUACAUAUUACUGUAGUCAUUUAAAGACUUUAAAGAAGUUCAUUGGGACUUAAAAGAUGGGUAAUAUAUUUUUUUUGUAAUAAUUGAUGAAAUUAACAUUCUGUCACCUGUCAAUAAACUAUAUGCUCAUAGCAAAAAAAUCUGCUCUCUGUGGUGUCCUCAGUACGGAGCCCCACUGGUGACAAAUACAAAUAACGUGUGGCCGAGCCUUGGUAAGAAGCAGGAACAAGUGGCCGCAACAUAGUAACGCAUGGGAAUGAGAUCCAAAUGCAUGGGUGAUCUCGGUUCCACACCAUACUAAGUCAUGGCCACAGCUGGAUCUCAUUCCCACGUCUUACUAAGUCGUUGCCAUGCAUCAAUAUCUCCAUGCAUUAAUAAUUCGUGGCCAUGCAUUAUUUUAGGUGGAAUCUCAACAGCAGGGCUCCGUACCUCAGUCUCCUGUAAAUAGGGGCAAAAACAAAAGUGGACCACCCAACGUUCAAUAAAUCAGCUUAAAGAGAGGAAUCUACCGGUCAGUCUGCUGGUCAGUCAUGUUGCACACUCACAACACAUAGCGCGCUAUAAACCUGAGCCCUACUGAGUGAAACAGCUGGUUAGAAGUAAUAGCAAAGAAAUUAAUGCUAAAAAUUCUACCCCUACAUCCAGUAGCUUAUAGUCUCAAAUAAACCAAAAACUAAGA